AUGGAUGCACCUGAUGAGGGCUAUGCAGGAACACGUAACGGCGAGGAGAUCCAACCAAAUGCAAGUCCCUAUGACGACAAUUCCUACAUGGGCUACGACCCUUCUCAGCGCUAUGAUUUUAAGGAAACUGGCCAUGAUGGAGCUCCACCACCUCCACCUCCGCCGCAACCAGCCCCUAUGGCUAUGCAUGAAUUUUCUGGGGAUCCCAUUAAAAGCACUAACAAUAACAUGCAGUCAUCGGAAGGAUAUGGCUUCGGUGGUUCCCUGAAUCUCGAGUACUCUCCCUCGCCUUUUGAUGCGAAUGGCAUUGGUGAGAAUGGGAAUGGGAAGCCGUAUGAUACUGUAGCUGAAAUUAAAGGACUUCUCACAGAUCCCUCUCCUGAUGGGCCGUUGCUUCCUGACCCCAGUGAGAUGCGAGAGGAAGGAGAUGCCUUUCGUCAGUGGCGUCGUCAAAAUGCCAUUUAUCUUGAGGAGAAAGAGAAGAAAGAGAGAGAGAUGAGGGAUCAGAUAAUAGCUGAAGCUGAGGAGUACAAGCAGAAGUUCUAUGAAAAAAGAAAAGAGAAUUGUGAGACUAACAAGGCUCAGAAUAGGGAAAGAGAGAGACUUUACCUUAAAAACCAAGAUAAGUUCCACAAGGAAGCUGACCAACAAUAUUGGAAAGCAAUAGCGGAGAUCAUUCCUCGUGAAGUUCCCCAUUUUGAGAAGAGAAGAGGGAAAAAAGACGAGGGGAAGAAACCUUCUGUUUUGUUCAUUCAGGGGCCAAAGCCCGGGAAACCCACUGAUCUCACGAGAAUGCGUCAAAUGCUUCUGAAGUUGAAGCAGACACCACCACCUCAUAUGUUACCACCCCCACCUGAACCGCAGAAAGAUGGCAAAGAUGCGAAGGACGGGAAGGAACUGAAGGAUGCCAAGAAUGAGAAACUUGGAACGCCAAAAGGAAUAAACGAAGGAAAGGGUGGGAAGGAUGGAACAGAUGCUACUCUUAAAGAUUCUUCGGCUGCCACUGGAGACAAGCCCGUUUCACCUUCUAAAGAUGCAACAAAAAGUGGUCUCCUAAAACGCCAAUACUAG